GGGAAACAGACCUCUAGCCUAAAUAGGUCCUACGACACCAAGAAAAUCAGAUUAAACAAGUCUAUGAAUAAGACUGUGGGGAACGUUCUUGAAAUAGAGAAAUCAUAUGGGAAGGUUCCAACCACUAAAGUUAUCAGGUCAAGAAAAAACAAGUCUUUCACCAGUACUUCAGAGGUGGAAGGUUCUAGACAAAAUAAAAAAAUGGACAGGAGAAAAGAGGGAAAGAAGGACACUGACAAUUCAGUAGGUGGGACAGAUGUGGACAACAGUUCCAAGUGUUCUGAUAGUGAAAACAUGGAUCCGGUAAAAAAUAUUGAAAAGACACUGCAGAAUUCUAAAAGAAAUCGUCUGAAGCAAAAAUCUCAAAAGGACAAGUGCUAUGAUGACAGUGAUUCAACGUCAAAGAGAGAGGAAUCUCAAGGCAGCGAUGUUUAUACCAUCAGUAGUGACGACGGAGAGACCAGAAAACCCCGAGUCAAACGUGGCUCGUCCAAACAUCAAACAAAAAAUACAAGAAAGACAGUAAGCUUGAAAGAUUUUUCAACAGGGAAACAGAGUCGAUCAAAAUCGAGUAGUGAUGAAAAGGAAAAAAACCCAAACCAUAACAGUGUCCAGUGUAAUAAAGAAAGACAGACAGAAAAAAUGCAAGAGGUCAGUCAGGAUAGUGAAGAAACAAAUUUCCGAGUAACCAGAUCAAGGGUUUCAGCAGGAGCUCCAAAUUAUUGCACUUCAAUGCGUUCUCUUUCACAUAAGAAAAACUCAAAGGUCACACGUUCCAGGUCACGAUCACAAGAUGCAGAUCAUAAAAGAUCAAGGUCACAAACAAAGCUAAGCGAGCCGUCUCGUAAGUCAUCAAAGGCAGAGCAGAAAGUCUGUAACCACUCUGAUGGUGAGAGUGAUAUUGACAAACGUACAAUACCUUUAAGGAAACCUAGGCUGACCAAAAGGAGAAACCCUACGACUGUUUUGGACUAUUCAUCUUCAGAGGAAUAUGUUCCACAAAAUAAGAAAAAUAGGAUAAGGAAAAGGACCACUUCAAACUUCAACAAGUCUCGCGGUACAACAGAAGAUUCAGACAGUGAUGAUUUCAGUCAAAGGACUGGAACUGUAGUUAAAAACAGAACAAUGUCUCGCCUUCAGGACAGAAAGGAGAAAAAUGGUAAUGAAGCCGGCAAUGUCUGGUCAUCCUUAGAGGUCAAACGCCUGCAGCA